UCACAAGGGAAGAACCUUAUGAAUUAGGCUUGUAUAAAUACACGCGAAUGUGGAUUUAGUUAUCAUUCGUAUCUUGUGCUUUGAGAAGCUUUGGAGUAACUAACAGUAAAUAUUUAUUUAAUUUUUCAGACACAAUGAAGUCAGUUUGCCUUAUCCUCGCCGUUGUAUACAGCGUCGCUGCUCAAGAAUUUGUCCAUCCUGGGAAUGUUUAUGAUAACUACCCGGAAUGGUACAUGCAGCCUCAAGAAAGAUACCGCCGUGACGUCACAGUGGACCGUAAAGUUGGUGAAAACGGCCGUGUCUUUGGAACCCUUGGUGCUAAUGAUGAUGGCUUAUUUGGUAAAGGGGGCUAUGAUCACCAGAUCUUCAACGACCACCGCGGUAAACUGAACGGUCAGUUAUCCGGUACACGCGUUCUCGGCCCGUACGGUGACUCCUCCCAUCUUGGUGGCGGUUUGCGAUGGGAGAAUUCGAAUGCUGCCGCUUCUUUGGAUAUUAGCAAGCAGAUACACGGACACACUUCGCUCGAUGCAGCAGCCGGAGGCAGGUGGCCUGUCGGUAAGAAUGGUGACUUCUCCCUCCAGGGAACAUACAACCAAAUGUCAGGCAUGAGACCCGACUAUGGGGCGAUGGGUAACUUCAGAUACCGUUGGUAGAAAUAACUGUAUAGCUGAAUUAAGUAUUAAAUGAAGUAUUUUUUAA